AAGAUACACGCUUUGCGUCAAUGCCACCUAGAAACAAGGCCUCAUAUCGUGAGCCUGUGACGUCUGAGAAGCUAGAUACCGACACAAGUGAUUCGUAGCAUAUCCAUAUUGUAUUCUGUGCAUUUCGUGAGUAGUUAUUUGAUCUAUACUCACUGACGAUGCCCCGAAGCUGUUGUAUGCCGAAUUGCACGGGCAAUUACGAUAAUGGACCUAAAGUCAGUGUAUUUUAUUUUCCAUCUGACGAGAAUUUAAGACGGAAAUGCUUAUCGGCUGUUCACAGACGAGACUGGACACCGAGUAAGAACUCUGUUACAUGUGAACUGCAUUUGAACAAGGACGAUAUUGUAAGCAGUACCAGCAUGUAUGACCCGAAAACUGGUAUACUCUUGACAGCACCGUUGGAUCGUCGACGCUUGAGAAAAGAUGCUAUCCCAUCGAAGUUGCCUGGCUGCCCAUCUUACUUGUCGAGUCAUCAAACUGCAGUACGAGAGGACCCAGAAAUUCGUAGGGGGCGUUUAGGAAAAAGUGCUCUUCGAGUUGCUAUCCAAGAAAGUGUGGACACACAUGCGAAAAUGAUUGAUGCAAUAUCGUUCGAUAGUUUAGAACAAAUGAGAACAAAGUUGAGUGAGUGUGAAAACCACAGUGACUGGGUAGUGAUAAACAAAUCUGACAGUGUGAGCAUAGUGUUACUAAAUCAUAGUCCUUACCCAAGAAUUUUUUGCCAAGUAGUUAUAAGCACUGAUUUAUUACUCAGUGUCUUCAAUAAUGAUAUUGAAGUGAAAUGUAUUGGAAACAUGAAAUUUCCCAUGAAAGUAAGUAACAUACAGGUGGUAAGUGAUGUUCUUAAGAACAUUUAUCUUCUGUAUAAUAGUUCUGAGGCUCCUGUGGAUAACAUUUUGUCUUUAAUUGACCAGUUAUUGCAAAAUUUAUUAGAGAAGUUGCCAGGAAACGAAACUAAAAUUACAUUUUUGAAGGAACAGAUUUCAGUCUUGAAGUGCAGAAGUUCAACUCAAUUUAGGUAUGAUACUAACUCCAUGAUAAUGUGGUCAUUAGUACAUGCUUACAAAUUUUUGAGGAACACUGACUGUUUUUCUAUGCCUAGUCCUAACACCCUUUCAAGGCUUUGUAGUAAACUCUCAACAAAUCCCAUCAUUGAGCAACAGGGUCAUCAGUUUAUGAGCUACAUCACAAAUAAAGUAUGUAGUUUAUCCUCAGAUGAUAAAACUGUGCUCCUGUUGAUGGAUGAAACUCAUCUGAAGUCUCAUCUUGAUUACAAAGCUGGAAAUGUUGUAGUAUGUGCCUUUAACACUGAAAAAAUUUUGUGUGCAACCAGCGCCUAUGUUUUUAUGGAAGGAUGUGGUAUCUAUUCUGCCAGUUCAUACUAUUUAGGGUGAUGUUCUGUUCUCUUACAUUAAAGCAGUCAUUCUUAAAUUAGAAGCAGUUGGAUUUGAGGUGGUUGGUAUAGUAGCAGACAAUAAUGCAGUUCAUAAGAAAGCAGUGUCAUAAGUUUUCUACUCCUCCAGAUGGGAAAGUAAAGUACGAUCACCCUGUACAGUCUUCUCCAAAUAGCCCAUUGUAUUAUUUUGUGGACACUGUC